AUGGCAGAGGAAGUAAAUGGAACUGUGCAUCCAAUUUUUAAGCGUGACCCUGAAGAUUUAAUGCAGUAUCUCAACAAACAGGUCAGUGUUCUAAAAGAAGAUGGAAAAGAGGUCAUAGGAUGGGUGUACACAAUUGACCCAGUCUCAGAGAGCUUUGUUUUGUUGUCAUUUACAGAUGACAAAACAGAGUUGGACAUAGUUAUGGGACCAAGUGUCAGGCACGUCUCUAUUUUGGAUGAAAACUCUGAAACUUACAAGAAAAGAAUAGAAGCCAUGUUUAGACCACCUGAAGUUCAAAUGCUUUCAGAGGAGGAACUGGAAAAAAGAAAGAAUAGACUGAAAAGCUGGCUUCUGAAAAAUCGUUUGCCUGUGCAGGUGACGGGAAGUAAUAAUGAACUCUUGUCGAUUUCUGAUGCACUGUUUAUUGAACCACCUUAUGGAGCAGAAAAUUGUCGCAGUACAAAUGAAAUUAUCCUAGGUAGAAUUCAGGGUCUCAUUAAAAAUAUGCCUACUGAUCAAGAGGAAUGGUGUUGAUGUUGGAAAUGCAUCUCUUGAACUUUGCUGAUUGUUUGUCAGUUCAAAUGCACAGUAUAUCAUCUGUAAAUGUAGUUGAUAAUAUUUAGAAAUGACUAUGAUGAGGAUUUUUGUAACAUUUAUUGUGCAUAAAAAUUACUUUGAAAAAAUGUUGUAUAUGUACUUGCACACAGUGUGUUUAAACAUAAUAUGUGUAUUGUACAUUUCUUAUUCUUUCAUUAAAUUCAUGUCUCUGUACUUA